AUGAAAGAGGGGCUCCCAGGUGUUGUAGGUCGUGCAAAAACCUCACUGUGUCGACCCUGUACUCAAAGCGACAUUGUGUGUUCCACGUGUCCCAAAUCCUCUCAUAUGGCUACACAUGAUAAGAUGUCCCAACGAAGAGAACAAUUCACGACCAAAAUUGAUUUAGGUUACAGGUAA